AUGUGGUUGGAUUGCAUGAAGGGUAGGGCACCGAAAACUAUCAUAAUUGACCAAAAUCGAGCGAUAAAGAAUGCGAUUGCUACUGUAUUCCCUGAAACUCGCCAUAGAUAUUGUUUAUGGCAUAUAAUGUGCAAACUUUCAGUGAAGUUAGGAUCGCACGCCAAAUUCAACUAUGGGUUGAAGACUGGCAUUCAGUUUUCAUUAUAUGAUUCACAGACCACCACAGAAUUUGAGGAGAGCUGGGGUCAACUACUUGCAAAAUAUGAUCUGCAAGGCAACCAUUGGCUUCAGUCCUCAUAUAAGGAAAGGUCCUUUUGGGUUCCAGUUUUCCUCACGAGUGUAUUUUGGGCUGGUAUGAACACAAUGCAAAGGUCCAAAAGUAUGAAUGCAUUUUUUGACGGGUAUGUCCAUGCUGGGACGACAUUGAAGGAAUUUGUCGACCAAUUUGAUAAUGCUCUUAGAAAGAAAGUGGAGGUCGAGACAACGACUUAUUUCAAAUCGAGCAACCAAACUAUCCUCUGCGUCUCUCGUUUCAACAUUGAGAAGCAGUUUCAAAAAGUCUGCACGAAUGCAAAGUUUAAGGAGGUCCAAAGAGAGUUGAUGGGCCUAAUGUGUUGUAAUUGUUGGUUGGUAAGCACACAAGAGUGCAUUUUAACAUUUGAUGUGUUGGAUGAAAUAUCGUUUGAUGAGCAAACCAAAAGAGUUCAUUACUCAGUUUACUAUAAUGAAGAUGAGUGUGAGGUAAAAUGCACUUGUAGAUUGUUUGAGAUGAGGGGGAUUAUAUGUAGGCAUGCACUUAGAGGUUGUCAGUUGAAAAAUAUUAAUGUGCUGCCAGAUGUAUAUUUUCUAGAUCGAUGGAGAAAGGACUUAAAGAUGCAUUACACAUUAAUCAGAAGUAGUUAUGAUGACCUGUGGGGUAGAUCAGACACGCGUAAUUACAAGCUUAUGAUCCAAAGAUGUUUGAAAUUAGUAGCAAAAAUUUCCUCAAACAACGACAAAGUCCAUGUAUUUCUGCACUAUGUUGACGAGUUUGAUAAAACAUGUGAAGGUUCAACGUGUGACUCGACAUUCCAAUCAACUCAGGCCAACCCAACGGUGGUGUUGGAUAAGGGUAAAAAGAUUUUAAGUCCGAACGUUGUUCGAGGGAAAAGGAGACCUCCAAAUAAGAGGAAGGUUCCACCCGUGGAGAAGAUGGCAACAAAAAGAAAAAAACAGGUAAUACUUGUCGAAACAUGUUGGCUACUUGAUAUUUAG